GUAACCGCCUUUGCAGCGCGUGAUUGUGAGGAUUGUUAAGACCCGGCCGAGAAUUUCCAAGUCCGCAUGUUUGCAAGAACUCAAUGGGAUUGUCUUCAUCUUUACCUCCUGCGAGAAAUUCUAUCUCAUGACAUCGUGUUUUUUGCGCUGUAAGACAUUACCACUCUUUAAGGUCGCCCGCAGAACGGUUGACGACUCUCCUCAGUAUCUCCACCAACUUCUAUCUGUGUGGCGUGUGUUCAGAGUUUUGAAUCUUUUAUGCAGGAGACAAACCAAUUGCAGCUCCCGUCUCUUUUGAUCUCAACUUCAGACGCCAAUCCAAGGUCUAUUCCCGUUAUCCCUGAAAUACUGUUUUUCCUUUGGGGGAUUCUGUAGAGAUUAGAGUUAUUUUCGCAACUAGAUAGCUUCAUCAAUCUCAGGGAACCAUAGAAAAGGGCGUUCGGAAAACUGGGUACUAUUGAGCUUUAUGUAUUCAAAACUACCCUGAAGUUUCAAGAAGUUGUUUUGUUGACUUAGCGCACGGAUGUGUUCUAUUUGAGUUAUCAAGCAAAGAAAAAGUGAUUCAAUUGAUUUGAACGGAUUCUGGGUUGUUCCAUUUGGUUGAAUUGAGGGAGGCUUUGAUGGUUUAUGGUAUGUACGUAUUGUCAAAUAUGGAAAAAUUAUCGCAGUGAUAUGUUCUGGAUGUUGGGACUUUUGUUUCUGUUUGAACCAACGAGAGUUUAGUGUUUGAUUGUCUUCAAAAUAUAUUCAAUCUUGCAAGCAGUGGUAACAACGUGCUUUGAGUAUUGGGUUUAUGUAGCUGAUUGACUAAGGAGUUUCGGUGUUUCAAAAAGGAAAUUCGAAGCUUGAUUUCUGUAUGUUUUGUGUAAUCGGAAAAUGUCUUGCAAUUAUAAGGAGCAUGCUGUAGUGUACGUGAAGCGGGCAAUUAAGGAAGAUGCUGCGGGCAAUUACGGUAAGGCUUUGCCACUGUAUGUGAAAGCAUUAGAGAACUUCAGAAUCCAUUUGAGGUGUGAGAAGAAUCCAAAGAUUAAGAAGGCAAUUACUCUUAAAUUUAUGGACUACUUGAGGAGGGCUGAGGAAAUCCGGGCUGUUCUUAAUGAUAAAGGGCAUAGGCCUGCCUCAAACAGGAAUCCCACUGUUGCCACAAGGACAAAGUUCGUAGCCAAGACGAAGGAUGGAGAAAAAAGGGAAGGCAAAGAGUAUCCGAAGGAAACUAAGGACAAGGCUGAGCUUAAUUCUGUAAUUAUUAAGGAAAAGCCAAAUGUGAACUGGAGUGAUGUUGCUGGGCUUGAGAGUGUCAAGCAAGUUCUUCAGGAGGCUGUUAUCUUGCCUGUCAUGUUCCCACAAUUUUUUACAGGGAAGAGGCGGCCAUGGAGUGCUUUUUUAUUAUAUGGUCCACCUGGAACUGGAAAGUCAUACUUAGCCAAGGCUGUAGCUACAGAAUCAGACUCUACCUUCUUCAGUGUUUCUUCAUCAGACCUCGUUUCAAAAUGGAUGGGUGAAAGUGAAAAGCUAAUUUCCAGUCUUUUUCAAAUGGCUCGUGAAAAUGCCCCUUCCAUCAUUUUUAUUGAUGAGAUAGAUUCUUUAUGUGGCCAACGAGGUGAAGGCAAUGAGAGUGAAGCAUCCCGACGAAUCAAAACAGAACUUCUUGUACAAAUGCAGGGUGUUGGGAACAAUGAUCAGAAAGUUCUUGUUCUUGCGGCAACAAAUACUCCCUAUGCCUUAGAUCAGGCUAUCAGACGGCGAUUUGACAAGAGAAUCUACAUUCCUCUCCCAGAUAUGAAGGCAAGGCAGCACAUGUUCAAGGUACAUCUUGGAGAUACUCCUCACAACUUGACUGAUGGUGAUUUUGAAGACUUAGCCUGCAAAACAAAAGGGUUCUCAGGAUCAGAUGUAUCUGUUUGUGUAAAUGAAGUGCUAUUUGAGCCUGUUCGUAAAACCAAAGAUGCUAUGUUUUUCAUGAAGGAUUCUAAUGGAAUGUGGGUUCCAUGUGGACCUAAUCAAAGAGGAGCUAUUCAGAUUACCAUGCAGGAGCUUGAUGCGCAAGGUCUCGCUUCAAAGGUCCUCCCACCGCCCGUGGCAAGAACUGAUUUUGAUAAGGUGCUUGCCAGACAGAAGCCAACUGUAAGCAAAGCAGACCUGGAGAUUCAUGAGAAAUUCACCAAAGAGUUUGGGGAGAAGGCGGGCUGCUCCUCUGAAUUGCCUGACCAGGAGGUUCAUCAGAUAUCCAGCGAGGUGUUUGGGAAGAAGGCUGGCUGCUUUUCUGAAUUGGCUUACUUGGAGAUUCAUGAGGGAUUCACGAAGGAGUUUGGUGAGACAUCUGAUUGUUUUUCUGAAUCGGCUGACCUGGAGGGUCUCGAGAGAUUCACAAAUGAGUUGGGUAAGACAGAUUACUGCAAUUUAGAAUCAGAACCCGAGGUUUGCGAGAGAUUCAAAAAGGAAUUCAGUGAGAGGGCUGGCUGCUUGUCAGAAUCAGAACAUACAAAUGAUUAUGGGAAAACAAGAUUAAUUUUGAAUGCAGGGAUUGCUAUUUGUAUUCUUAUAUCAUCCAUACCAUUUUUCCUUCGAUAAAUAUCCCUUCUGCGUUCUUGAGGUCAUCCCCCCCCCCCCACCCAAACUCCUUUGGCCUUCUUACAGAGUAAAAAAGUUCUCACUUUUAUUAUCAGAACAGAUGCUGUACCAUAUAUGGCUAUAGUUUUGCGCCUAAUAAUAGUUGAUGCUUGUUUUCACUUAA